AUGACCUCGGCGCGGGAGGCGGCCGGGUCCCCCCCGCUGCACCCCCCGGGCGGCGGCCGCCGGCGGAGCGCCCUGGACCAGCUCCCGCCGCCCGCCAACUCCAACAAGCCGCUGACCCCCUUCGGCAUCGAGGACAUCUUGGGGCGGCCCCGCGGCGGGAGCCCCCCCGGGCCCGGGCCCGCCGCGCCCCCCGCCCGGCUGCCCGAGAAGGCGGCGGGGCCCCGCGGCGGCGGCUGCGCCCCGUCCUCGCCGCUCUGCGCGCUGGAGGAGCUCGCCAGCAAAACCUUCCAGGGGCUGGAGCUGGGCGUGCUGCAGGCGGCCGAAGGUCGGGAGCCGCUGGGCGCCCUGGGGCAGCGCCCGGCCUGCAAGAAGCGGCGCAAAUCGCGGACGGCCUUCACCAACCAGCAGAUCUUCGAGCUGGAGCAGCGGUUCCUGCGGCAGAAGUACCUCUCCCCGGCGGACCGGGACCAGCUGGCGGCGCGGCUGGCGCUCAGCACGGCCCAGGUCAUCACCUGGUUCCAGAACCGCCGCGCCAAGCUCAAGCGGGACCUGGAGGAGCUGCGGGCCGACGUGGCCUCGCUGCAGGCGCUGCCCCCCGCCGCCCUCCAGCAGCUGACGGCGCUGCCCGACCCCCCGCGCCCCCCCGGGCCCGGCCCCGGCCCCGGCCCCGCGCCGCCGCCCGCCGCCGCCGAGCUCUCGGAGGAGGAGAUCGACGUGGGGGACUGA